CUCCUUGGUUGUGGCAAGUUCAGAAAGGACAGGGGAGGGGGAGAGGGAGGUAUCCUCAUGUAGUUGUCUCGGUCUUGCUUUUCUACAGAAAAUAGUUAACUCGGCUGAAACUGAAACAGCGCAAAAGAAAAGCCCCACCAGGCUGUCUUUCUCCUUCGUUCUCUCAGUUUCCUGCUCAAGGAAGGUGUUUUUGUACAGGUUGGCGUGUAGGACAACAAACUUUUGGUUGUUGUUUUUUCUCCUUCCUCAGUGUUUCCUGUGAAAAAUUUGGACUUUCUCAUCUGCAGAGCAACUUCUUCACCGGAGGAGGAGAGGUAGGAGGGGAGAAAUUUUUCUCAGUCUGUCGCUCACUCUUGCCUUGCCGGGACAAUGAAAGAACAAGUGUGAGUGCAGGUCACAAAAAUCAAGAGGGAGAGAAAAAGGAAGGAGCAGUGCUUCCUGGAUAGGGAUCUCCUCUUGACUCCUCUAGGAGAGGGGGUGGACACAGGACAGAGACUCUAGCAGUGUGUUUGUGUGUGGAUCAGCGUGUCCACAUCCUCACGGUCCUGCUCUCUGAGGGAGGUAGAGCGUGAGUGUGUGUGUGUGUGUGUGUGUGUGUGUGUGUAGUGAGGGAUGGCCAAUGCCAGCCCCUGCAUGUCGUCGGGACCCCUGUCCCAGGUCUUCUUCCACUCAGGGGGCCCCUCUCCCCCAGGCUCUGUGGUGAUGCAGCAGGGGACCCCCAUGGCUGUGCCUCCCACCUCUACUCAGGGUGGCUUCCCCCCUGUGGACCUGGGGGCCGGGCAGGGCCCUGGGGGGGUUGCCAUGUCCCACGUGCCCCCCAUCCCGGCAGGGGUCUCCUUCAUCCUCCAGAUCGGGCUGACCAGAGAGUCAGUGCUGCUGCCACAGACCGCUGACCUAGCCUACGUCAAACAGAUCGCCUGCUCCAUCGUAGACAUCAAGUUCCCAGAGUGUGGCUUCUAUGGCAUCUAUGACAAGAUCCUGCUAUUUAAGCAUGACACAGGCACCAACAACAUCCUGCAGCUGGUCAAGGCUCCCCAGGACAUCCAGGAGGGAGAUCUGGUGGAGGUGGUGCUCUCUGCUGCGGCCACCUUCGAGGACUUCCAGAUUCGGCCUCAUGCCCUGAACGUCCACUCGUACCGUGCCCCGGCCUUCUGCGACCACUGUGGAGAGAUGCUGUUUGGACUGGUCAGGCAGGGCCUCAAAUGUGAUGGCUGUGGAUUGAACUACCACAAGCGCUGUGCCUUCAGCAUCCCCAACAACUGCAGCGGCGCUCGCAAGCGGCGCCUGUCCACCACGUCUCUGAACAGUAGCCAGUCGCUGCGUCUGUCCACCAGCGAGUCUCUGAGCAGCGUGGGCUCCAGCUCAGUCAGCUCCUGCAUGGAGGAUGCCAGCCUGAUCCGCUCUCACACCACCCAGACGCUCCCGAACUCCACCUGUACCGCGUCAGCAUCCCUGGGCCUGUCCACCAGCCCCUCCAUCACUAGACCCAUGGCCCGCGCCAACACUCCGAUGCCGCGGACCCCCAGCGAGGCGCGGCGGUUCUACACGGGCCGGCCGGUGCACCUGGACAAGAUCCUGAUGAGCAAAGUGAAGGUGCCGCACACGUUCGCUGUGCACUCCUACACGCGCCCCACCGUGUGCCAGUACUGCAAGAGGCUGCUCCGGGGCCUCUUCCGACAAGGGCUGCAAUGCAAAGACUGCAAGUUCAACUGCCACAAGCGCUGUGCGUACAAGGUUCCCAACGACUGUCUGGGGGAGACCAUAGGAGACAUGUUGAGUCCCAGUGUGGACCACGAGGUGCCUAUGGACUACAGCAGUGAGUAUGUCGACUCAGACAAGUCUUCCCUGACGGACGAUUCAGACGAGGCCUGCAGCAUCCCUGGCUCUUUCUCCCCCGAGAGUAGCCAGGAUGGGGUCGGCGGGGACCAGAGCGCUAACAUCCCGUUGAUGAGGGUGGUGCAGUCCAUGAGGCAGACCACCCGUCGCUCCAGCACAUCCAUCAAAGAGGGCUGGAUGGUGCACUACAGCAACAAGGACACACUGAGAAAGCGGCACUACUGGCGUCUGGACUGCAAGUGCAUCAUCUUGUUCCAGAACAACACCACCAACAAGUACUAUAAGGAGAUCCCUCUGUCUGAGAUUCUGGAGGUGCGCCCCUCAGGGGACUUCACCCUGGUUCCUCCGGGCACCAGCCCCCACUGCUUCGAGCUCGUCAUGGGAGCCAUGCGCUACUUUGUAGGGGAGGACCCCAACGUUCACGUCCCCGCCCUGCCCCCCACCGCCGCCCAGGCCUUCCCCCCCACGCCCCCCUCCCCCAGCAACGUGGUUCCCAAUAGCGGCGUGGGGCGGGAGGUGGCCAAGGCGUGGGAGGGCGCCAUUCGCCAGGCCCUCAUGCCAGUCAUCUUCCAGGAUGCACCACCGAUAGAGGGACACACUCCUCACAGACAGGCUUCGGUCAGCAUCUCAGUGUCCAACAGUGUGAUCCAGGAGAACGUGGACAUUGGCAUGGUGUACCAGAUAUUUGCAGAUGAAAUCCUUGGUUCUGGCCAGUUUGGAGUGGUGUAUGGGGGGAAGCACAGGAAGUCGGGGCGUGAUGUGGCGGUGAAGGUGAUUGACAAGCUGCGCUUCCCCACCAAGCAGGAGAGCCAGCUGAGGAACGAGGUGGCCAUACUGCAGAGUCUACGUCACCUGGGCAUAGUGAACCUGGAGUGUAUGUUUGAGACUCCAGAGAAGGUGUUUGUGGUGAUGGAGAAGCUUCAUGGAGACAUGUUGGAGAUGAUCCUGUCCAGUGAGAAAGGACGGCUCCCAGAGAGGCUCACCAAGUUCCUCAUCACACAGAUUCUGGCAGCCCUGAGGCACCUGCACUUUAAGAACAUUGUCCACUGUGAUCUGAAACCUGAGAAUGUCCUGCUGGCCUCUGCCGAGCCCUUCCCCCAGGUGAAGCUGUGUGACUUUGGCUUUGCCCGUAUCAUUGGUGAGAAGUCGUUCAGGCGUUCGGUGGUGGGCACCCCGGCCUACUUGGCCCCAGAGGUGCUCCUCAACCAGGGCUACAACCGCUCCCUGGACAUGUGGUCUGUAGGAGUCAUCAUGUACGUCAGCCUCAGUGGCACCUUCCCCUUCAACGAGGACGAGGACAUCAACGACCAGAUCCACAACGCUGCCUUCAUGUACCCACCCAACCCCUGGAAACAGAUCUCACCUGAUGGUAAGACACACACACAAGACACACUUGUGCUCCUGCAUGACAAAUGCAACUGUCUUACGCAAACAUGGGUAAGUCUAUCUAAAUAUGCAGGUCGUUAUGGCGUUCACACACUGUUCUCAACUGUGUGUCUGUGUUUCUCUUCAGCUACUGACCUGAUCAACAACCUGCUCCAGGUGAAGAUGAGGAAACGCUACAGCGUGGACAAGUCUCUCAGUCACUCCUAUCUACAGGACUACCAGACGUGGUUGGAUCUGAGGGAGCUGGAGACCAAGCUGGGCGAGCGCUACAUCACCCACGAGAGCGACGACUGUCGCUGGCAGAUGUUUGCCCGCGAACACACGCUCCCCUAUCCGGCCCACCUGGUGCCCCCUCUGCCUGCGCUCGGCUCCGACGAUGAGGACGCAGACAUGCAAGGGCUCACCGAGAGGGUCAGCAUACUCUGAGAACCUGGAGAGCCAGGACCCAAGGGACUCGGACUGACCCAGGGAAGCGAGUAGAGAGAGAGGGGCUGGCUGGAUGGAUGGAGGUCUGGAGAGUGGGGAGGGGAGGGGGAUGCUGGGAGGUUUAGCUGUUAGAAAAGCGCCUUCUAUUGAGAUGAUGCCGCUCCUAACCGUCUACUAAUGGUGUCCCACUCCGACCCUAGCCUGUCCAGUCUCCAGAACCCAUCCUUGACCCCUCUCUCAUCGGUCUAGCUUAGCUCUUCCACCCUUGAACUCUUUGAGUGUAAGAUAUUUGCUCUUCUGUAUCCCACAAGGCCAUGCUGUACUGUACCCAGUGGUCAGGGGAUGUGUAGAAUAUUGUUACUUGCAGUGUGCUCAUUCAGUCUAAGCUGCAGUAUGGCAGAGGUCAGUUUGGGUGAAACACUCAAAAUGCAAUCUAAGCUCCUGGCAGAGGCACAAGUUGCAUCUUUCUAUCUCCGAAGUCUGGGGAAGCACAGGGAUCCCCUGCGUAUUGUGACGAGAGACGGGGAUAGAGACAGAAAAAAACUUGAAGGACUCGGAUCAAUCCACUUACGUGGGACUUACAUCCACCCAUAAACAAAUCCUUAUGAACUGUUUUAUUGUCAUUGAACGCGAUGACUGGAAGCGCCCUGCCUGUACUGUCAGAACGGUUUGCUGCAGACCUCGAAGAGUUUAAUGGGGACAAAGGAGUCAUUUAGUGCCUGUAAGUGGUAGAUAAAGGGCUUCUAACAGUAGGCAGCAGACCAGCGCUCGUGGGCUGUCAUGGUCUCCGAGGAAAUCUGCCGUUUCAAACGACGACAGAAGAAAACAAAGCCGGAAGUGGAUGUAGCAAUCAAGGAUUGCACCUUUUUUUUUUUUUUACUGUCCACUGAUACUUUCCUAGUUGGCGACUUUAUUAGUGAAGACUUGCUUAUCAUCAGAAGUGCAAAUUCACGAGUCCUGGUGAUUCGAGGGUGUCCUAGACCCGUAGACAUGCACGGUUACAAUGAGGGGGGGUGCUAUUGCUCUUCUAGUUACUGUAGAAAGACGACCGACUGCCCAUCUCUGGCGUCAACGUUAAAGUGUGGGAGGAGGGCUCCGAUAUCGAUGGCUGACUAUGAACCUAGCAUGUCAACUCGUUGGAUGUCCACGUGAGGUCGAUUUUUGUCUAGAGGAAAAGCAUUGUCAUGAAGGAAUAUUGUGUACAUGUGUAACCAUAUCUUUAUGUAGUGUAGUCAACGUAUGCCCGGUGGAGAAUGUAAACCCAUGGAAGGUCCCAGCAUUUAUAUGUGACACCGAUACAAACCUUGACGUACAAUUGUUCAUCUGUGUCAUUUUAUCCGGCGUGUUGCCUCUUGAACAUUUGAGACAGAAGAUUAGGGGGGGAAAUGUGGAAGGCUGGGGCGACGCACAGGAGGAAAUAAUGACGGUGAUUAUGCAUACCGCUCUUCAGACGUUACCUGCUCACACUGGAGCAUAUACACUAUGUGGAUUGAAUGACAAAUUGAGUGCGAUAAAUAUGUAGCGAGCGUCCAAUAAAUAAUCAGCGUGUAUGGAUGAUGUUUUCCUCGCACGAUGCUUGCUCCCCUUUUUGAUUGACAGGCCAAAUGUCUGCCUAUUUAAUACAUCAUCAUGGGUGGCCUGCUGCCAAGGCCUUUUCACAGCCUGUAAAUCAGCUCUCCUAGGUAACGAGUGUAAAUGACAUGCUACACAUGGACAGAUGGGAGAGAACUGGGGCUUCAGAUGGACAUGGGGGGGACUCAUUCCACGGAGGGCCGAGUGUCUGCGGAUUUUUGUUAUUUUCUUUCAAUUUGUGUCCAAUUAAGACCUAAACAACCAGAUAAGGCGAGUUCCCAGCUAAUCAGGGACAUUAGUUGUUCCAUAGUGGACAACGGCGGAGAGAAAACCGCGGAGACUCGUCCCUCCAUGAAAUGAGUUUGACACCUGUGCCACUUGUCAGGACACAAAGCCAGCGUUUUGCAUUAUUCUACAGAAGCAUAUUAUGAGAGCCUUGUGGCCAGCUCUGAAAGAAAGGACCGCUUGUUAAUUACAAUUUUUCAUAUGUAAUUUAGCAGGCGCUUUUAUCCAAAGUGACUUAGUCGCGCAUGCAUACAUUCUCGUAUAGGUGGCCCCAGGGGGAAUUGAACCCACAGCUCUUGAAAUUGCAAUGCUCUACCAACUGAGCCACAGGACCAUGCUGAAUGGUGAGAGCUCUUCACUAGACUGGGUCUAGAGGGACAAUUGUUACUCUUACUGUCUUGGAAAGGUCAAGAGGGGAGCAUGUUUGGAGGAUAAGUGGCCGUCUCACCCAGCAGGUAAAAAAAGACAUCAUACUCUGAAACUAUUGGUGGCAGCAACAAACCCAUCAAACCUGGGUUCAAAUACAUGUGUAUUUGUUAUUUAAAUAGUUAUUUUCUGUGUCUUUUGAGUAUUUUCAAAUAAUGUGGCCCAAAUCAACUACUUCUAUUGGAAGUAUUUGAAGUGUAUUUUGAAAAUGUUCUAUAAAUAGCCUACUAUUUCAAAGUACUUAUUUCAAAUGCUAACUUUAGAAACCAGGGUUAAAUGCAUGGGAUAUAUUUGAGUGGGUUUAUUUAAGUAUUUUCAAAUACUUUUCAAGGGUUUUUCCAAAUACAUUCCAAUAUUCAACUAGCUGUCUUUUCAAUAAUAAAAACAACAUUUAAAUAUA